AUGCUCAAGUCAGACGAAGAUUCGGACGACGAAGUAUACUUCGCAAACAUGCCAGACUUCGGUGACCACGUCGACAAUGCGAUCUUCUCCCAGAUCCUGGAAAUGGACGAGAGCGACCAUGAGAGGGACUUCAGUGAGCCACUGGUCAUCAACUUCUUUGAGCAAGCACAGGACACCUUCGAGAAGAUGGAUCAAGCUCUAGCUUCCAGAGAUCUUAACGAACUCUCUACUCUGGGGCACUUCCUGAAGGGAUCCUCGGCCACCCUUGGUUUUAACAAGAUCCGGGACAGCUGUCAAGUUGUGCAGCAAUAUGGACACAAGCUCACGGUCGACGGAGUGUCUGAGCCGGACGAGAACGUAUGCUUAAAAAAGAUCGCCGAGGCACUCCAGGCCGCCAAAGUCGACACAGCCGAGCUCGAGAAACAGAUGAAGAAAUUCUUUGGAGCCGAAUAA